GCCUAUCAUUGUACAGUUUUGAGGUUAGAGAAAUCAAUGAUAAGGAUAGAAGAAGAAAACAUAGGGAUGAUUAUAAGGAAAGCUGAUAUAAUGCAAUGAUUGCACAGUCAUGGGAAAUGAUUUGUUGCUGAUAUCGAAAUUUCUAUGAAAGAAUGAUACUGGAAAUUUUAUUUAAAUAUCGCUUUUUUAUAUCCUUGAUACCCAGACUGAAAUCCUUUACCAUGUGGAACAUAAUUUAUGUGAUCUUGUUGUCGUAUUUAAUACAAUUAAAUAUUGUCGAGUCUAGAUUUGAUCCAACAUUUUAUGACACUGAGGCUUCUUAUGUCAACUAUGAAUACUUCAGUGAUUUUGAAACCUAUGUCAAUGAAGAUCAUGCUGGAUUUUUUCUUAACUUUACAUUAAUAAAACGUUUUCCGAAUGAGACAAGGUUCUCAUACAAAUUACUAACAUCAUCAAUGGGAGAGUUUGUCAUAAAAACUGGAAUAAGUUUUGAUGCUGAAUUCUGUCAAAUAUUUGAUCCAAAUUAUCGUCUAAUUGGAGACCAGAUUGAAAUGAUAGGAAUCACUGAUGAUGACUGUCCUCCUGGUCCGGGAACAUAUGGUGCUGACAAUAUAUCUUACUCUCCAAAAAAUCUACCUGAUGCUUUUCCACCGAAUAAUUAUCUUGCAUUUAUAAAAAUUUAUUACCAGAAACUUCUUUUCUUGGAGUUUAAAAUAUUCGCUCGUCUUGCUAAUUAAAAAUUAAACAGAUGUUUAAUAAAUUUAAAUUAUUUGUUAUUCAAUUUUCAAGUAAUUCAUCUAAUAAAUUAACGGAAUAAUAGC